UAUCCCUCUCUCCCUCUCUCCUUGGUGCACUUUCUCCUUCUCCUCUCUGCUCCCUGCUCCAGCUGGACCGUGCCAUGACCGUGGGGAACAUGGAGAGCAUUGAGCUGUUCGAUGCUGGGAAGAAAGGUCGAGGGCUGAGGACAACCAAGGAGCUCAGCGCUGGAGAAGUGGUGUUUGCUGAGCCCAGCUUCUCUGCUGUGGUCUUUGACAGCUUGUACACUCAGGUGUGCCACAGCUGUUUCCGCCGUCAGGCCAACCUGCACCGCUGUGCCCAGUGUAAGUUUGCCCACUACUGCAACCGAACCUGCCAGACGGGAUGCUGGGACGAACACAAGCAGGAGUGUUCAGCCAUCAAGAAGUACGGCAAGGCUCCCAGCGAAAAGAUCCGUCUGGCAGCUCGUGUGCUGUGGCGCAUGCACAAGGACACAGGCGUCGUGACGGACGGCCAGCUGGCCUCGGUGGACCAGCUGCAGGAACAUGUGGCCGAAAUGUCCCAGGACGACCUCAAGGAGCUCAACACGGACGUCCACAACUUCCUCAAGUACUGGUCUCAUAAAAGCAAGCAGCAUUCUGUGGAGUACGUCUCACACAUCUUUGGCAUCAUCGGCUGUAAUGGCUUCACUCUCAGCGACCAGAGGGGUCUGCAGGCUGUGGGUGUCGGUCUGUUCCCCAACCUGUGUCUGGUCAACCACGACUGCUGGCCAAACUGCACCGUCAUCCUCAACCACGGCAACCAGUCAGCUUUGAACUCUGUUCUGCACUCUCAGAGGAGGAUUGAACUCCGUGCCCUGGAGAAGAUCGCCGAGGGCGAGGAGCUGACCAUCGGCUACGUGGACUUCCUCAAUCUGUCUGCCGACCGCCAGCGGGCACUGAAGCAGCAGUACCACUUCGACUGCACCUGCCAGCCGUGCAGCCAGCACACCAAGGAUGACCUGAUGAUGGCCGCCAAGGAGGGCGAGGGAAGCAAACCGUCUGCUGAGCUGGUUAAAGAGGUGACAGCCUUCAGUAAGGAGUGUUUGGAGAAGGUUGAGAAAAGACGUGCUGAGGGGGAUUUCCAUGAGGUGGUGAAGUUGUGCCGUGAGUGUUUGGAGAAACAGGAGAAUGUCUUGGCUGACACCCACCUCUACAAGCUGCGUCUGCUCAGCAUCAUCAGCGAGGUGCUCUCCUUCCAGCACUGCUUCUCCGAGGCGGCAGACUACACCAGCAGGAUGGUGGAGGGAUACAGGAAGUUGUACCACCCCAACAACGCCCAGCUCGGCAUGGCCACCAUGCGGGCAGGCGUGACCCAGUGGCACGCGGGGCAGAUCGAGGCAGGACAUGGCAUGAUCUGCAGGGCCUACGCCAUCCUCAUGGUCACCCACGGACCCAACCAUCCCAUCACCAGAGACCUGGAGUCCAUGCGUAUGCAGACCGAGAUGGAGCUGAAGCUGUUCAAGCAGAAUGAGGAAGUGUACCACACCAUGAGAGAGGCCGCCCUGAAGAGCCAGCCCAUGUGCACGGUGACCAGCUCCUGAAAGGCCACGCUACAAACACCUUCCUCACUACUUAAUGACAACGCUCGCUCAUUUUCUUACCCACGGUGUUAUUGUGCGUCAACAUGUAAAUCUGUCUUAUUAAGCACUUGCAUCUUCCUGAACUGCCAGUGGCUCUGAGUGUGCACUGUAUACUGUUCUGUGUUAAAACAUGUGCAGAUGUAUCACAAGAUGUUGCAUGUCACCACAAUAAAAGUGA